ACACACACACACACACACACACACACACACACACACACACACACACACACACACACACACACACACACACACACACACACACACACACAGAAAGAGUCUGUACAAAACUAGAGUGUUUUGGAAAAAUGUUCAUUUCUCAACCGGAGGGUCGAGAGGACACAAAGUGUAAAGAAAGCUGAAGUGUAGCUGCAGUGUGUGAGGAGACUCGGGAUGUCAGCAGCUCUAACAGAGCGGUUGGGCUUCACUGCGGGAGACUACGCUGUAUUCGGCGCCAUGUUGGCCGUCUCCUUGUUUAUCGGAUUAUUGCAGUCUCUUCUCUCACGUCGGCGGAGGUUCUCUGAUUUAGACUCAAUGGAGAAUUUCUUCACUGGUGGGCGGAGCCUGGGGGCGGUACCAGUAGGAGUGUCUCUGUGUGCUAGCUUCAUGUCAGGUGUGCAGGUACUGGGGGUUCCAUCUGAGACGUACCUGUAUGGCUUCAAGUUCCUCUACAUGUGUUUGGGGCAAGGUAUCAACUCCCUCCUGACAGCCACACUGUUCCUCCCUGUAUACUACACACUGAACAUCACGUCUUCUAACCAGUAUCUGAGGAUGAGAUUCGGCAGAGGAAUGCAGCUGCUUGGAAGUCUACAGUUUCUCAUAGCCACACUACUAUACACUGGCAUUGUUAUCCUCGCUCCUGCACUCAUCCUAAAUCAGGCCACAGGAUUAAACAUGUGGGCGUGUCUGAUCUCUACAGGACUCAUCUGUACGCUCUACACAAGUCUGGGGGGAAUAAAGGCUGUCGUGUGGACAGAUGUGUUUCAGGUCGCCGUCAUGCUUUUGGGUUUUAUUGGGAUCUUUGUCCAUGGCACCGUCCUUGCAGGAGGACCAGCGAAAGUCCUAGAGAUCGCCAACAACGGCUCACGCAUCAACUUUAAUGAUUUUGGUCUGGAUCCUCGCCAGCGGUACUCGUUUUGGAGCUUUACAGUCGGAGGGACGAUGGUGUGGUUAUCCAUGUACUCAGCAAAUCAGGCUCAGGUGCAGCGCUACAUCUCCUGCAGUUCAGAGAGACAAGCAAAGUGGGCUUUAUUAAUCAAUCAGGUGGGCUUGUGUUUGAUUGUGAGCAGCGCAGCUACAUGUGGCAUUGUGAUGUUUGCUCUUUAUUCCCACUGUGAUCCUCUCAAAUCUGGACGAAUCUCUGCAUCAGAUCAGUACAUGCCUUAUUUGGUAUUGGACAUUUUUCGGGAUCUUCCUGGUUUUCCUGGACUUUUUCUAGCCUGUGCAUACGGUGGAACAUUAAGCACCGUCUCCACCAGCAUUAACGCCAUGGCUGCGGUUACGAUGGAGGAUCUGCUGAAACCGUUUCUGAUCAAUUCAUUACAGAGGAAACAGAUGCAGCUUUGCAAAUUACUGUCAUUUUUGUAUGGAGUCGGCUGCAUCACAACGGCAGCUCUCUGCUCUUUCCUGGACUGGGGAGUUCUUCAGGGCUCGUUCACGGUCAUGGGCGUGGUUAACGGGCCGCUCCUGGGUACUUUUAUCCUGGGUAUGUUCAUCCCAGCUGCAAACAAAUCGGGUGCGUUUGUUGGGGUGGUGGUGGGGUUCUCUCUUGCUCUGUGGCUCGCUGUUGGAAGCUCUGUUUAUCCUCCAACCCCUCAACGAAUGGGUGUGUUAGACACGAAUGCUGAUUACUGCCUCUCAGCUAACACUACACACAACUCCACCAUGCUAACAUCUCCAAAAUCUACACUAUCACCUCCAGAACCUGCAGAGGACCGGUAUCAUGAUCUUCAGGAUUUUUACUCCAUAUCCUAUCUCUACUUUGGAGCUCUGUCCACUGGAGCAUCUGUGUUAGUCGGAUAUGUGGUUAGUUACAUCACAGGACCAACACUGAGGGGCUCGAUCCAGCCUGGUCUGCUGUGGUGGGAUCUGAAAGCUGACCGUGAUGCUCCUCAGGAUAGCACAGAGGAAUCGAUGGUUCUGAAUCCCACCAUUGUCCUUCAGAACCCUGAGAAAGAUGCUGAUAAAGAGCGAAAACCUUCAGUAUCUGUUAUGUGAGAAACUUUUGUGCUGGUUGUGGAUUUAUACAACAUAAAGUUGGGAUGAAUUCUUCUGCUAAUCUCUCUCUCUCUCUCUCUCUCUCUCUCUCUCUCUCUCUGUGACGGACACAAACACACAGAAAUGUAAUGACUAACAUUCCACACAUUCCUUCUUAAGCCUGAAACAAUAGUGUUGGUGUUCUUAUCCUAUUUUCAGCUCAUCUUUCAGCAUUACACAACACUCCUGCACCACACCUGGCUGUCUCAUCAACACACCUGUCUGUCUCAUCAACACACCUGUCUGUCUCAUCAACACACCUGUCUGUCUCAUCAACACACCUGUCUGUCUCAUCAACACACCUGUCUAUCUCAUCAACACACCUGUCUGUCUCAUCAACACACCCUACUGUCUCAUCAACACACCCUACUGUCUCAUCAACACACCUGGCUGUCUCAUCAACAGACCUGUCUAUCUCACCAACACACCUGUCUGUCUCAUCAACAGACCUGUCUAUCUCACCAACACACCUGUCUGUCUCAUCAACAGACCUGUCUAUCUCACCAACACACCUGUCUGUCUCAUCAACACACCUGUCUGUCUCAUCAACAUACCUGUCUGUCUCAUCAACACAUGUAAACUCAUUUACAGACUCAAAAUAAAGGAGUCAUUGCUGGUAUAUAAACAUGUUCUGUAAACAUGAUCAUCUACAAAUCUGACUGAUUUAUACAACACAAUUUAACCAAGCAGAUUAACAGAAGUCUGGAUGUAGGUUUAGACAAAUGCAGAGCAGCACAGACAGUAAGUCAGUACAUCUGAGUUAAAAAUCCUGCUAGUGUUCAGGUGUGAAGGCAUAAAUACAGACAGCAGUCGGAGCGUUUACAGGAUGUUCAGUAUGAGAGAGUUUCAUGAGUCUGAAGUUCCAAAAGUGAAUGACAACAAAAGAGAAAGUGACCAAAUGUAUUAAAACAGACAGAACACUGAAGGCAGCGUGAGUGAGGAUGAGGUUUAAACUAAAAUCAACACAUCUUCUGAGCUGUGGGAAAUACGCUGAGCUCAUCUGUUUGUGGGUGUUUUUUUGUGUUGUUCUGUUAAACUGAUCCUGAACUCUGAUUAAACACAUCAACAUCUUUCCUCCA